UGGACCUGAAGGGAUUGAGGCAGUUCAGGCCAGCCUGCUGCUCUUUCUCUCCUUCUCUCCCUUUUCUUUUCCCUCUCACUCUCCCGUCCUGUCCUGUCUGUUUAAGGAGCAAAAAGAUUGGGAAAUUCCUUCAAGCUACUUAAAUUCAGAUUUCUGUGGGAUUUCAACAUGCACACUGAGGUUUUGGUGCAGUCCAUGUUAGUGCCAUUGUUUCUGAUCCUGCUCUCUACCGUUGAGGACACUUUGUUACAGUCGGUGAGCCAGGUGGGCCUUGCUUGCAAGCUGUCCACGGAGUCGUCCCUCCGCCGCUGCAGGACACCUGAUGGCAAGUUGUGCAGUGGUAGGGGCAAAUGUGACUGUGGCAUCUGCAUCUGUGAAUCUACGGAGCCUGGGAGGUUCUACGGUCCUCGCUGCGAGUGUCAUGACUGGGUCUGUGCUACAUAUGAUGGGCAAAUUUGCAAUGAUCGUGGCUACUGUGACUGUGGGAUGUGUGAGUGUGAUGAAGGCUGGUUUGGAGAUGCUUGCCAGAUCCAGGAGGAGUGUAGCCUGUCAAGCAAGAAGAGCAGGGAGCUCUGCAAAAACCAACAGGGGGUGGUCUGUUCCAACAGAGGAACCUGCCACUGUGGAAGCUGCAUAUGUGACAACAAAGAUGACAGGGGCUUGGUGACGGGACGCUUCUGUGAGUGUGAUGACAGUGAAUGCCUGGAUGAAGACACGGGAGAGGUUUGUGGAGGCCAUGGUCAGUGUUACUGUGGAAACUGUUACUGUGCUGCUGGUUGGCAUGGAGACAAAUGUGAGUUCCAGUGUGACAUCAGCCCAUGGGAAAGCAAGCGGAGAUGCACAUCUCCAGAUGGCAAAAUCUGCAGCAACAGAGGGACCUGUGUGUGUGGGGAGUGUAACUGUUAUGAUGUAGAUCCCUCUGGUGACUGGGGUGAUAUUCAUGGAGACACGUGCGAGUGUGAUGAGAGGAACUGCCACUCAACGUACGAUCGAUACACAGAUGACUUCUGCUCAGGUCAUGGCCAGUGUAACUGUGGCAGGUGCGACUGCAAAGAGGGAUGGGCAGGGAAGAAGUGCGAGCAUCCUCUAUCUUGCUCCCUGUCUUUGGAAAGCAGUCUGAAGAAGUGCAGAGGAACAUCCAAUUUGCCAUGCUUCGGACGAGGUCAGUGCCAGUGUGGACAGUGUACUUGCCACCCACCUGGGGACAGUCGUGUUCAUGGCAAAAACUGUGAGUGCGAUGACCGGCAGUGUGAGGACAUUAGUGGAGAGGUCUGUGGAGGUCACGGUUACUGUUCGUGUGGACGGUGCAUCUGUGAGGAGGGCUGGUUUGGGAAGCUGUGCCAGUUUCCCAGGUCUUGUGAUGUGAGCGAUGAACAGAGCAAGGAGCGUUGUGAGACCUCUGAUGGAGUCAUAUGCAGUGGAAAAGGUUCUUGUCACUGUGACCAAUGCAUUUGCUCUCCCCAAGAAUGGUGGGUGUCUGGAGAGCACUGUGAGUGUGACGACCGGGAGUGUGAUAAAUAUGAUGGUCUCAUCUGCACAGGGAACGGGUUGUGCAAUUGUGGCAACUGCGAGUGCUGGGAAGGCUGGACAGGGAACGCUUGUGAAAUCUGGGUGGGAACAGAGUACUGAAGAGAACAGGACACUGGGGUUAAAAUCCAGAGCUCCCCAUUGUCCCGAGCGACCAGAGGCACCAGCGCCAGUCACGACCAAGUGGUCUUUACAUCGCAGCUCGAAAACCAAAGAGAAGGACUAAACACCAAUGUUACUCUGUAAACCACUAAUAUUCAUUAUUUUACUGUACUGGUUACAAAUGAUCCUCAUUAAAAGUGGGUUUGUUCGUAAACCUUUUUUACACAUAUUCUAUUUUAAAAUUGAUAUUUUCAGAACUUCUUUUUACGUAUAAUUUGUGAUAUAUAAAUAUAUAUAUUUCAUGUAGCAACAUUCAAAGGGUGCAGGUAUCCAUCAGAUACAAAUUCUGGAAAGAGGGGAACAUGUUGUUAUAUGAGUAGAGUUGCAAUACUAUCUUUUUGAACUAAUACCAGUCUACAUGUCAUUCCCAAACCAGACUGAAGGUUUGCUUGAAAGCUCAAGGCAGAGGUUACUCUUUGAAGUUUUUAUUUCUUUUUCAUAAUAAAACAUUAAAUGUGCCGCAUGACACAACAUUUUGCAUGGAAAACAAUGCGAAGACUUAAUCAUACAUGGUUACAAAUCUGUUUAACAUGACAUAACUCCGAUUGGCAUACUUGCCAUGGUAUAUUAUAUAUGUUUUUGAAAAUAAACGUUUUAUAUCAUCUAUUCUUCUUCACAAGGAAAUCAAAACAAUCUGUCCUGUAAAUCUACACUAUCCUAGUAGUGAUGAGAAUAAAGUGGAAGAAACAAAGAGAAGGGCAUAAAUAGUUCAGCUGUGGCAUGCUGGCAUGUCCAUGUCACUUCGAAAGGUGGUAUCAGGGGAUGAGAGCUGCUUUGACACAAGAGCUCUGUCACCGCUUGAAAAGAGUCACAAAUAAAAUGUUUAUGUUAAUUCUA